UUUUUUUUCUCUCAAUACAAUUCAACUGGUCAUGGCCGACAAUCCUAAUUUUCAUGAAGGAGUCUCUAUUCAUGGUCGACAUCCUCUUCAUUUAAUAGAAAAAAUUAUUCGUGAGAGAAUUCAAGGAUCACUUUAUUGGAAAGAGCAUUGUUACGGCUUAUCAGCUGCAACACUUAUGGAUAGAGCUGUUGAGCUUGAGUAUAUAGGUGGAUUAUAUGGUAAUCAACAGCCUACAGAAUUUAUUUGUCUAAUAUUGAAAUUAUUACAAUUAUUACCUGAAAAGGAGAUCAUCAUUGAAUUAAUCAAGCAAGAAGAUCUCAAGUAUUUACGUGCUUUAGGUGCAUUUUAUUUACGUUUAACUGGGAAAUCAAAAGAAAUAUAUCAAUAUCUUGAACCACUAUUAAAUGAUUAUCGUAAACUACGUGUGCGUACUGGUGAUGGUUACAAGUUAACUUAUAUGGAUAGUUUUAUCGAUGAUCUAUUACGCGAACCUCGUGUUUGUGAUAUUAUUUUACCUCAUCUAACAAGUAGAUAUGUAUUAGAACAAAAUGAUGAAUUGGAGCCUAGAGUGAGUGCGUUAGAAGAUGAUUUAGAAUCAGAUUAAUGGAUGUAUUAUUAUCAAACAAAGGCAUUUUUAUACUCUCUCAACAACAAUACAAUAAUGAAAGACGACUACUUUAACUCAAGGCCCACC